AUGGCAACGAAGAUUGAUGAGAAGAUGAAAGUGGUAAGUUUUCUGACUGAAGACGUGCUUAAGCCUGCGGUAGAGCAGAUCAAGGCAACAGCAAGCGAGGAGAAGCCUGAGUCGUAUCAGAUCCAGAUUUCAACAAAGGGAUAUGAAAACAGAAAAGACCCAAAAAUGACUAAGGAAAUCAAGUUUCCAUUUCAUAUGCGAUUGAAUCCUGGAUCAUGUGCAAUUGGAGAUGCAAAGGCAAAGGAGAUUGCAGAUGCAAAUGGAAUUCCAUGUGUUCUGAUUCAGGAGUACGAGGGCAAAUCAGAAGAGAGCAAGAAAAAGCGUGAGAAGUUCCUAAAGAAUUACACGUAUUUCAUUCUAUGCCCAGGAUACAACAAGGCAUUCAGUUUGAAGGAAAUUCUGAUGAAGAAGAAGACGCACUUCAUGUGCAAUGCAGUUGAGCAGCUGCCAGCUGUCUAUGAGGCAUGUCGAUUCACGUACAAGGUCAAAGUCAAGGACUGGUUCUCAAUCUCAUUCCCAGUAGGACACACUCAGAUGCCAGACACGGAAGUAGUUGAAAACAUAAAGUAUGGCGUACAGUUUCUGGCUGAUAACCUGAAGAAGGGACCAAUGAACAUCAAGGACUGCUAUCUGAAGAGAACAACAGGGGGGAAAGUAAAGCUUUAUUAA